AUGUCAUACCUGCGAGCAGAGAGAAAGGUUCACACUGACGCUGCCACCGCUACUGCUGCGCAAUCAGACUCAUUGACAAACACAAGCACAAGUACAUCAACUGACCCACUCAGGAUUAUGGAGGAUCGACUGCAACAAGAGCUGACGAGGGAUGGACGCGAGAGACGACCAUUCGACGUGCGAUUCGAACCAGAGAGCGGUGACAUCAUCGCUUUUUAUAAUGAUCGAUUCAACUCUGUGGAGAUGGCAAUUGUGAGCAAGGUGUAUCCUAAUGGAUACCUGGUGUUGGGCUUCAACGACAAGUUUAUAACAUCCAAGAGCACACUUUGUGUCACGAUACCUACGGGCAACGAGACCACACUGCAAUACAUCAUGAAGACGAUCAACGACAAGAUUGCUGACAACAAGAUGCUUCCAUUCGACGUGGAUAGGCACGUCUACAAGCGAGAGAUACUGAGCGAUCCUUUGGAGUGGCACUCCUACCAGAACCAUCCGCUGCGAGUCCAAUUUGACAACAUCCUUCACUACUUCAAGGAGCUCAACGUGCGCACGCGCAAGUCAUGGGACGUCUACAACAUUCAGAACACGUACAGACAGCCACACAGCGGCGUGUCCUUCUAUGACAGUCGGGUCUGGUCACGUGAUCAAUCACACACCGAUCACAUACCAAUAUACUCAUUGAUCAACAAUCAGCUUGCCACCAACAAGGAGGCCAGUACCAAUAUCCUUCAAGAGAUCUUCUAUUCAUUGGACGUCUACAGGAAGAUCAGUUGGAAUGCCACCUCAAUGAUCAUGACCAGCAGGUCAGACUUUUGUUGUCUCACAGAGCAAAGGUCCAGAUACUUGGGAUCAAUAAUCAAUGCAAUGAAACAUGAUUCAACAGAUUUGUGGAUCGUUGCAAAGUACUUACUUGGAUUGGUUGUGGACAAUGGAGGAAUGAUUAGUGUCAAGGGUAGAGAGCUAAUGGCCGAUGCAUCGGUGCCCACAAUCAUGGACCAUGAUCAGUUUAUUGACAAGGAAACUGGAAAACAAUACGUCAAUCACGCUUCGUUGAGGAUGUGCUUUGGCUAUAUACAGUUGGGUAUCAAAGAGCUGGCGGCAUACUCGCGCGAACAAAACUUUGGACAAAUGGUGUACACCAAGCUUGGCAAGAUGGGCAUCAACGACAAGACCAUCGCAGCACUGCGGACCCUGCUCUAUCCAAAGUUGAACGUCAUCGAGGAGAAGCUGCGCACACACAGCAACCUCAUCAUCCAAGAUCCACCAUUCCUCCUCAGCGAUCAGAAGAGAGUGUUGUCUCAGAUCACGCAUCAGACCAGACCAUUGGCCAAGCGAAUCACCCAGUUGUCAUUGGCGAUUGAUGAUGUAAAGACAAAGGAUGUUGAUGACGCCAUUGGAAUCAUUCAAGAGGGACAAGACCUCUACUGUGUUGUUCACAUUGCUGACGUGUCAGCCUUUAUCGAAGCAUCAUCAUCAAUGGACUCUUGGGGAUUACUCAAGACUUCAUCAGUGUACCUUCCAACUCAGACACACUUCAUGUUACCAGAAGACUUCUCGCUCAAGGUUGGACUGGCAGGUGGCCGCACAAAUCAUUGCAUGUCAUUCAAGUUUAGGAUAACGGAUGAUGGUGAACUGGUCGACCCAGAUAUAUUUGUAUCGGACAUUGAGAACAUGCAGCGAACGACUUACAAGGACGUCGACAACUAUUUCAAGAGCAAGGGCGAAUCAAAGUACACGCCAGAUCAACAACAGAUGUUGGACAGAUUGCAUCAUUUUGCACGUAUUCGUCGCCAGAGACGCGAGUCGGAGAUCAAAGCUGGUAUAAUCCUGCCCAAGCCAGAGAUCGAGGUCAACAAGGACAAUGGACACAUCUCACUCAAGUUCCAGGAUCCCAACUCCAUAUCCCAGCUCAUCGUCUCAGAGAUGAUGAUCAGCGCCAACAACACUGCCGCUCUAUUUGCCAAGAACAAUCAGCUGGCCAUCCCAUUCAGAAUGCAGAAGAAUAGUAGCAUUGCCGACUAUCCAUGGCAGUGUCUGGACCAAUACCAUCCCAUCGCACUGUCAUCACAGCUGGCCAGUUUGACACCGCCCGCCGACAUGUCUACCGAGCACUCCUUCCACUCUAGUCUGGGCAUUGACUACACAUGGGCAUCAUCACCAAUACGUCGCUACAGUGACAUUUUGGUACAUCGCCAGAUCAGGAGUGCGCUUGCCAAGCAAGGUCCGGCCUACGAUCGUCCGGCCCUCGACAAAAUGGUCGUCAAUCUUGAUCGCAACUACAAGCAUCUAAAGAGGACCAGCAGAGCAAACCACAAUCAAUGGAUGCUCAAGUAUCUUAGACAAGAGGGAUCGAGAUAUUAUAGCGCGGUACUGUUACCGGAUACGAUUGGAAAGAAGUCACAUAGGUUCUUGAUGAUCGAUUUGAAUAUGAUGGUGCCAUCACAUGACUUGGACAUUGAUUGUAUACCAAUCAAUGAGAUUGUCCAGAUCUAUGCUGAUGUCUCCAGCGAUGGAUAUACACGCUUCCAUCACGAUCCAUCAGUAAUCAAUCAAAAGAGGAUGAAGAACUACAAUGCCGCCAUCACCCAAUAA